AUGGCACUGUACGGUGCCCCCGUGUUCGCCGACGCUCUCGCGUCUCGCGACAACAAGGCCCUCCUGCGGAGACCCCAGAGGGCCAUAGCGGUGAGAGCGAUACGGGGAUACCGUACGGUGUCGUGGACGGCGGCCACGCUUCUCGCGGGCGAUCCGCCCUGGGAACUCCAGGCGGAGAUGCUCGCGAGAGUGUACGCGGCAAAGUCGAGCCUCAGAGCUGGAGAAGGGCAGGUCCGUAGUACGGACCGAGCGAUGGACAUCAGGACUCAAGCUCAGAGGGCCCUGAUGAUCAAGUGGGAGGAGAGCCUGGGGUCUCCGGCGGCGGGCACGGUGACGGUGGACGCGAUACGUCCACAUUUAAGUCGCUGGGUCCAAAGGCGGCACGGGGUGCUGACCUUCCGCCUGACGCAGGUGCUUACCGGGCAUGGUUGCUUUGCCCUAUUAAUCAUGGAAACAAAGACCAAAACGAGACUACCCCAGGAGGGUACCUGCGCCUCCGGCAAAGGAGAAUCCCUCCGUGCAUCUUCGGAUGCACGCUGCCCGUUCGAUUCUGGGGAGGGCACCCUUUGUUACUGUGAUUCGCCCCAUAUGGGCGUUGACGUUGUGCCCGGGAAGGGCGGUGAUACGACCUCUGCAAGAAAUACGGACUCCGAUAACAGCCUUCGGAGUGGCGGCUCAAACGAGCCGUCACUCUCGAGGACUGGUCUCCCCUCGCGAGAUCGCAAGGGGAGAUUCCUCUCACGCCAAAAAGGCCCUUCUAAGGGCCAGGACAAAGGUGGAAACCGUUUUGCGGUUCUGGCUGCGGACGACAAAACGGACACCGAUACAGACAUGGUUUCGGGAUCCCCUGAUAGGCAUAUUGCUUUGACGGGACGGCGGAAGCGACCCUCAUCCUCGACCUUCGCGUCUGGGCGUGACGGUUCGGACACGGAGGCCGAGGGCGCGGGCCUCGCUAAAAUUAACACGGCGAGAAGGGGAAAGGCGAGAGGAACCACGGCGGGUCCUUCCCGCGAAAAGUUCCUCAAGCCAGCACCUGUCCGGCCGGAACCCGUAAACAUACUCAUCGACAACGAGCCCGACGUCGGCUCGUUGAUCGUAGACGACGUCGUUGCGCUCAACGCGCAGGAACUCAGGGCGCGCGCGGGCGAGGGACUCGCCGUAAUACUAGAGGUUGCCCGGAAAUCCGGGAACCUCAAAGGCGAGUUCGUCGCAAAGCUGAAGAGGUCCGCGACGGACCUGAGCGAGGUGGUCGACGCCUUUGCCUCUAGGACCGAGGCCGAUGAAGUGAGGCGGCUCCGAGCGGAGAACCGCCGCUUCAGGAUCGAAAUAGAGGCAAUGAAAACGGAGCUGAAGGCGAUGCGGCGCGGCUUCGCCGAGGCGAAGACGGAAGCGGCCGCUAACGCCGCCGCCGCCGCCGCCGCCGCUGCCAACGCCUCAGUCGCCGGUCCACCUGCGACACUUCCGGUGGCGGCCAUGCUAGAGGAGUUCAAGCACUCCUUGACCUGCUCGCUGGGCGAUAUGAUGAACGUCCGGCUGGCGCAGAUCGAGGAGAGGCUGCCGCCGGCUCCGUCGGUCCGCCCCCAACUGGGAGCUGGUGGACCUCGACGCCCUGAGACGGCGGCCACUACGUCGGCGGCCCCCUCCACGGUUGCCCGGGAGGAAACCUGGGCAACAGUGGUUAAAAGAGGGAAGGGCAAGAGGAAGGGGAAAGGGAAGUCCUCCGCCCCUCCAUCUACACCUGCAGUCGAAGGCCGGACUGCCGCCCCUGCGGUGAAGCCGACUGGCAAGCCAGCCGCGGCGUCGUCCGCGCGACCGGCCGCCAAGCCGACCGCCAAGCCGACCAAGCAGCCUGGAAGGCCGGCAAUAAAGGCGACGGUUAAGGCCAAAUUCAAGGCCCCGAAGACUGCGGCAGUCGUCGUCCAGCUGCAGCCGGCGGCUAUAGAGAAGGGUCAGACGUACGACUCCAUCUUCCGGUCGGCCGAAGACACCGUGAAAUUGGAGGAACUGGGGAUCGAGCGCAUCCUCUUCCGUCAUACGGCGACGGGAGCGAGGAUGCUCGAGAUACCCGGUUCCGACAAAGAGGAGAAGGCCGACCGGCUCGCCAGCCGGCUCAGGGAGGCCCUCUCGGACGUGGCCACCGUCGUCAGGCCCGUUAAGACCGCGCAGGUGCGCAUCUCGGGCCUGGAUGACACGGCCACUCCCGAGAGGGUGGCGGCGGCGGUCGCGAAGGCGACAUCGUCCGACGUCGGCACGGUGAGGGUCGGGGCGAUCCGCUCCGGCUUCGGCGGCAUGGGCUCCACCGUCGUAUCCUGCCCCGUCUCGGUUGCGAAAGCGCUGACCGAGGGGGGCAGGCUACUGAUCGGCUGGAGCUCGGUGCGAGUGUCGGCCCUGGAGGCGCUCCCCAUGCGCUGCUUUAAGUGCAUGGGGUUGGGCCACACGCGCCCGAAGUGUCCGGCGACUGUCGACAGGGGCGACCUCUGCUUUAAAUGCGGGAACGCGGGGCACAAGGUCGCCUCCUGCCCGGAGAAGACACCGCGCUGCGUGGUGUGCGCCGAGGGAGGAAAGCCCUCGGGGCACAUCAUGUGCGGCCGCAGGUGCAGGCCUGCGACCUCGAAAGGAAAGGGGGCCCUCGGAACCCGGGCCCCCCGAGAGACCGCAAGCCAGACAGCCGCAGACGGCGUUGCCCCCCCGGCCGCGGCGGGGGAGGUGGAGGUUGUGAUGUCUGAGUAA